AUGUCAUCGGACCAAUUGAGCCAAAAAGCCUCUAAUAGACAUCGAUUCAUUUUGGUUGCAAUUGACUACUUUACCAAAUGGGUGGAGGCAAUCGCUUUCAAAGCAGGCACUAAGAUGGUGAUCUUGGAUUUUGUCCAUUCAAACAUCAUUUGUCGAUUUGGUAUCCCAAGAGCUAUCAUCAGAGAUAAUGUUGCAAACCUUAAUAACAAUCUGAUUAAGGAGGUCUGUGAGCAGUUCAAAAUUGUGCACCACAAUUCUGCUCCAUACCGACCAAAAGCUAAUGGGGUUGUGGAGGCAGCCAACAAGAAUAUAAAAAUGAUUCUCAGAAAGAUGGCUCUAGGCACAAGACAAUGGCAUAAGAAGCUAUCAUUUGCACUUUUAGGAUAUCGCAUGACAGUGUGCACCUCGAUUGGUGCAACUCCUUAUUUACUGGUGUAUAGGAUUGAGGCUGUGAUACCAGUGAGAGUCAAAAUUUCAUCUCUUCAAAUUAUUGUUGAGGUUGAAAUUUAA